CUUUCACCUCACGAGAAGUGACAUAGAGACAAGCACGCCCCAAUAUUCGAUCGAUAUACAUAGCUUCAUUUGAACAAGAGAUACACGCCAGGAAAUGGCUGAAGGAGACAGCAAAGUGGCUGAGCCAAGCACACGUGAGGAGGGCGAGCUUCCACAGCAGGAACGCAACGGGGAACCUGAUUUCUCAAAGAAGCAUCCGCUAGAGUAUAGAUGGACUCUGUGGUUUGACAAUCCUAAGGGCAGCCAGAAACCCAGCACGUGGGGUCAGACGUUGCGCGCCGUCUACACAUUUGGCACCGUGGAAGACUUCUGGUGCUUGUACAACAACAUCAAGCCUCCUAGCUGGCUGACAGUGGGCACAGAUUUCCACCUCUUCAAGGAGGGGGUGGAGCCAAAGUGGGAGGACCCCACCUGUGAGCAUGGCGGCAAGUGGACGGUGCUGGUUCCAAAGAGCCCAAACUCCAAGCAAGUCCUGGACACGUACUGGCUGAAUGCGCUUCUGGCCUGCAUUGGUGAGCAAUUCACAGAGGGGGAUGAGAUCUGCGGCAUUGUGGUCAACGUGCGCGCCAAGCAGGACAAGCUGUGUGUCUGGACGAAGACGGCAGCCAACGAGGCGGCACAGGUGAGCAUCGGCAAGCAGCUGAAGCAGAUCCUGGACCUUGACACCUCAGCCACUGGCCGCAUUGGUUACCUUGCCCAUUCGGAUGCAAAGCGCGAUGACAGGAAGGCAAAGGACCGCUAUCUGGUUUGAGUGCAUCACGUCUGCUGGCCUGUGUCAAUUUGGAGAUGUGAAAUUUCAGCAACAGAGUCCUGUGAUGCCAAAGGAUGCCUCGCUUGAGUGUUGCACAAGUUCGCAUGCCAUAUGCGCCAUGUAAUCAAUGGUGAUGCGUUGCCGUGUAUAAAUGUAACAUUAUGCUACAAGC